AGUCCUCGGCUUCCAAUACUUAAUGUCUUGCCACCAAGAGGCAGUAAGUGCUGCAGUCCUACCAGUCCUCAAAGUCGUUUUGGAUAUCGUUAUGGCACGGAAUAGUAAAUUUCCCGACACAACACCUACGACAUCUGUGUAUGUCACUGCAACAACUUACAUACUAUAUACUAUUUAAACAUAAACGCACUUGAAGGUCCCUAGCCCGUCGGAGAGAUAGCACUGUCAUCUAAUUGGGAGCUUCGGUACGUCUUCAAUUUUUUAAAUUGGAGCUCCCGAUUGAAUGGUAGUGCUUCCUCCUCCUUCCAGCUUUUGAUUUUCUAGUGCCACUACGUUUAAAUAAGAGAAUACUUAUAUUCACUGCUAAAAUGGCGCUAAACAUGGCAAGAGUGUGGUGUAGAUGUUCUAGUUAUUGUAUAAAGAAAAACAACUUUCCAAGCGUUGGGGUUAAUUUUUUUCACUUAAGCAGAUCUGUAGCGGGUUAUGAGCGUGAUCCGGCCCCAUUAUUUUUCAGUCCAGAUGUUCAACGAAUAAUGAGAAAAAUGACUAAAGUAGAUGUUAAAAAAGUUUUUAGAAGCAGAAAGUUGGGAGAGAAACUCGAUGCCCCUGAAUAUAAGUUUUUGACAAGUGAGGAACUGGAGCAGUACAUGAAGGAAACAGAAAAGAAAGUAGAAGAAAGACUGCAGGUGCCACCAAUAGUAAAGGAACGAGAAGAAAUUAAUGAAGUUCUCAGUGUUGACCGUGCCCUUACAGGUUAUGACAGUGCAAAAUUUGUGUUCACAGACAUUACCUUUGGUGUUCCUAACAAGGAUCGGGUUAUAGUCGUGAGAGAACCUGAUGGUACCCUUCGUAAAGCAUUUUGGAAUGAGCGUUUUCGAAUGAAUCAAAUAUAUUUUCCUGAACCGGAUAGGCAGUUACGGACACCACACAUGUUUGAGGAACCAUAUUUAACGAAUGUUCUUGACAGAGGAGAGUAUGAAUUUGUUUUGGAUAGAGCAUGUGUUCAGUAUGAACCCAAUGACCCGGAAUACUAUCGCAUUACGUCAACAACAUAUGACCACAUUGAGAAAGAACAAAUGUUUGAUGCUCUUCAAUCCACAAGGCAUUUUGGGGCUUUAGCGUUUUAUCUUUGUUGGAAUAAACAAAUUGAUAAUUUCGUCUUGUAUUAUAUACAAAAUGACCGGAUAGAAGAUGCAGUGAUGUUAAUUCAGUUGUUCCAUCUACUGAAUCCUGAGAGCAAGUCUGCAGAAACAGAUAGUAAAGAUGCUCUUAAAUUUAUUCAGGCCUAUAUAUCAAAGGACUCCACCAGAAAAAGUGUUCUUGAAAUUGCAUUGCAGUCAUUCUUGGAACUUCAGAAACAACGUCAAUUUGUGGAGGAAGGAAUCAAGAAAGCUCAUGGAAUGUAACACGAGGGAUUUACUUUACUUCAAUGUUACUUCACAUUAUGAAUUAGGAUGAUGUAUGAAGAUCAUAACGAACUUUGAAAGAAUUACCUGUGUUUGUCACUCCCUCUAAAAGUGAAAGUAUAGUUUAUUAGUAUUGAGAUGAACCUUGUAGCGAUUGCCUUUGAGCAAGUGUAAUUGAUGCAUGUUCAUUGUGAAUGGUGAACAAUAUUUCUAAGAUAAAAAAUUUAAAAGACGAAAUAGUACUUUUAUUCUAGGAUUCAAUUAAUUGUUAAUUUUGUAUUAUAUGUUCUGUAUUUUGAAUUGUUGAAUACAUGUCAUAUUAAUUUGUUACACAUUGAUGAUGUGUUUUCAUUGGUACUUUCAAAUUAAAAAUUUGUGCAUUGUGCACACUCUGAUUUAAAUGAGGGGAAUGCAGAAAGGAAUCCUGUAUAAGAUUAAUAAAAAUAGUCGUUUAGUGUAUAUUUUACAUUUAAAUUUCAUAAUACAAAAUGGAAUUCAUAUUCACAUAGUAAAGAAAUAAUCGUAAACCUUCCCUAAGGUGUAUUGACCUUAGAUUGCAGUAUGACAAAUAGCCCAAUUUCAGCUCUAUGUCACAUGGCAAGAAUAGUUUUGAGCUUCGAAAGCACUGAAUAAAAUUUAAUCAUUCACUAAUUACGAUAGUCAUUUUUGCUGCACAGAUUGCAAUGCCUAGAUGAACUCAAAGGAAAUGAUAAUGGAAAGGAAGCUUUUCUGGAAAAGCUUACUUAAGUAAGUAUAUCACAAAUAUGUUAACAGAACAAGGCAUACAAGCAAAUACAUGUUAAUUGCUAUAGAUAAUCAAUGGUGACACUCCUCCCUUCAGACAGACUUGCAAUAUAUAGCUAGAUGUGUUGAGUUGAGGCAUUUCGUAUGACACCGGAGCAAAUUAUAUACCCCAAGAGAACACAAUUUCAAGUGUCAUAAGAAGUGCUGCAUAUGUCACAGAUACAAAUUAUUCGAUAAUACAUGAUGAUUCCAGAGAAUGAGGAGCUGCCAUGUGUCAAAAUUAGAUUGCAUACGAAGUGGAGAAAUCCAACAAUGGAUGAAUGUAGAAGGAUUCUUCUUUAACAUGGUUGAAGCCAAGUAAUUGCAUAGGUAUGAUCGUAUCCAACAUAUGGAUCACAAUAAGGUAGCAAAGAAAGUGGGGUCAUGGACAUCUACAACAAAGAAUGGUUUAGAGGUGGUGUCUGAAAUAGAUACAACCACCUUUGUUAGACAAGGAGGGGUAAUUUUGAGUAAUGUCCGAGAAAGAGACAGAUAGCUCAAUUUAAUUCGGUACUGCAAUCUAAGCCUGCUACCUUAGACGCUCCUUAGAACAGACAUUAUUAACAAAUACAUUUGGAAGGUUCAUUACUCUGUAAAAAUUGCCAUUAUUCCAAUUACAUAAGACCACAACAAUUAUGAAGAUUUCUAUUUUCAAUUAUGUAACUGAAAAUAAUAUGCCAUGAUCACACAAUUGGAAUCUCAUGUACACAAAGAAAGAAAUAAUUCAUUGUUCACUUGUCAAUUUUUCAAGACACCAAUAAGACAAAGGUUAAUGCUUCUAAAUUUGCACAAAGAACUUCACAUACAGCAAAACAGAUUCAGAAUAAAUGUAUAAAGUCACUGUACUUUUCAAGAAAUAUUUAGUCUAAUGUUUUUUUAAAAGAACAUGUCUAUGAAACAAUAUUUCAUAAUCAUCUUUCGUAAUCUUGUUGAUAACCAACUUUGCGAACAAGAAAAAAAAAAUGCAAUAUGAGUAUAUUAUUUAUAGGGAACAGAAUUGAUAGUAAUAGAAAAAAGGAAAAUAUAUAUUUAUAUACUGAAUGAAUUUUUUUUUAAGGUCCGAUAAUAUAAAAUAUGCAAAAAAAAAUUUCAUUGUAUUGUUUCAAAUUUUCUAACAUAAAACAUCACAGAUCAGACUUUAAAAGGGAUUGUCAAUAACUGAAUGAACUUUCUAUUUCUACAAAAGUAAUUGGAAACUAGGUUUCACCCUACAAUACGGGUUUGAUACGACAAUAAAACGUGUAAGUAGUAGCCUAUGCAUACCUUAGUUCAUGAGGAGUCUGUGCACAGACAGGGACCGAGGCACAAAAUCUAAGACAUUAAUUCAGCCCAAUUUAUAGAAAACACACUUAAAUAUCGCAUCACAUUCCAAAUGAAUGUACAGAGUACCCAUUAUGCCUAUGUAGACAGGAUUUGGUGAAGAUGCUCCAAAUUCUCCACCACUGGCACAGGUGUAUAGGUUUCUCGGUGGGGAACAGGAAGCACAACAAGGCAAUGGCCUAUAACUUAUGUUAAUCAAGUUAUGAGUAAGAUCUAUGACACAUGAGCAAGCGCAUGGUUGUAAUUUUUACUUUGCAUAUGUUCAUUCAUCCUUGAUUCCAAGUAUGCGAUUUCUGAGGAGGAGUUAAGUCUGACAAUUCCUGGUGAAGGUGCAGAUGUCACUGAAGCACACUAUUACAUUGCUUUUUUUCAAAAGAUUGUUACAGAAACAUACAGAGGCAUACUUGUAUCAGAGAUGUUUCCUUUCAACUUUAAAUAUAUUAUUAGUGGCCAACAGUUGCAAAACUGCUGCUGAACUGUCACACAAAAUGGAUUCUCCAAAAAGUAGCACAUUCACUGUUUAAGAACAAAUACAAUAACGUAAACAUAAAGCCCUGCACAUUAAAAUAUUGAAUAAAUUAAAUAUUUUCACAACGAUAUUCACAGGUACUGUAGUAAAUAGUACAGAAAAUCUAUCGAAAAAAAGCUAAAAAGAAAGAAGUUGCUUUUGCUCUCCAAAAUGUAAAUAACAAAUAUUUAAGGGAGAAAUUUCCCUGAUAGUUUGCUGUCACAUGACAUCAGCCAUGUCAUAAGCAAUGAGAAAUUGAUUAUAAGAAUAGUGGAAUAACAUAAAUUAUAGAAUUAUUGCAUUUUUCAGUCAAAAUCAAAACUUUCAUUGUUUUUUGGAUUUUGCUGAGUUACCUCUCACAGAGUCAGAUGCUGCAUAGUUUUCUUUCAAUUUUAUUCAUGCAUGGGAAAUUAGUAAUAUAGAUGUAAUGAAUAUGUAACAUAAUACACAAGGCUCUGUACUACGUGUAUACAAUAUAAUACGAAUAGAUAAAAUUUGAAGACCUGUAUUUUUACUAAAAUUAUCAUCAACUGUACAUGUUUAGGCUUAACAGCCUGUUUUAUUUUUAUGAAAAUUUAUAAAAUAUUUUUAAUUUAUUUACAGUCUUGUAAACCAAAAACAAAUUAUUCGAUUCAUGCAUCCUACACCUGUAAAAAUACUAUAUAUUUACAUGAAAAUUUGUUCUCUAAUUACAAAUAAUAUACUAAAUAUUUUUAUAUAUUCUUGAAAUAUCAUUUUAUAAGUUACAAAUUACACUAAGUUUAUGAUAAUAAGGAAAUCUUAGGUUUGUUCUGUAUUUAAUUAUGAUUAUCAUGUUAUGUUAAAUUGAUCAUUUGUUUCAUCAAAUUACAGUUUGUUGAAAUUCAGCAGCAUAAAAUGUAUGUGGAAUUAAUGGCUGAAGUUCACUAAUGGGGAAUCUAUGCGGCUUUCAUACAUAAUUUUGCCAAAAAAAAUGUCCAUUACGUUUUGGCACAACAAAGGCAAUGGAUCAGAUGAAGUUAGUAGAAAUUGUGCAAAAUGAAAAGACAUGUUUAGUGCCAGGAACAAAAGCUUGUUCCGUUUAAUAGCCUGUUUUUGAUACACAUGAUGUUUUAUGUAAAUCAUAACAGCUACAGUACCUGGAUACACUAAGGGAUUUUUUAUGUUAAUUAUGCAUAUGCCAGAGGUUGGAGUGUCAUCAUAAAAUACUUCACAUUAGCGAAGCAUAAUUGCACCUUACAGGUAAUUAAAGUUUGAUCUGUAAAUACUACGCCUUUACAUUUGUUGUACAUGCUUACAAAAAUACACAAGUUCUGUUAUGCUGCCAAUACCACAAUCCAUAUUUCACAUUUAAAAUCCUAGAAUUUGGUUCUGCGACAGAAAUGCAAAAACGGCUCCAUUUGCGGUAAGUAAACAGCCAUCUAAUUAAUCAUGAUGAUUAAAAAAUUGUAAUUGUAAUGGUACAAAUAGGUGUAAAAGCUCUCAUCAAUAUAAAUAGAUACAUGUAUGUAAUAUGGCUGACUAGAUUACAUAAAAAGGAAGAAAUUUUAAAGAAAUGAGUGUCAUAUGUUCUUCAUUUCUUGUUUUAUGGAAUACAAUUAAAGUUCAAAUGUCUUCAAUCAUAGCUUGAUCUUUUAACAGCUAAUGAGAGCAAUCAAGUUCAGUGACAUUGUGAGAUGGAAGACAAGGUAAGGAAAUUCUGCUUAUCCAUUGCAGCAGACACCCACAUGACAAGCAUCCUUAAACAAAAAGCAAAUUACACCAACUGUUGGGAUAGACACGUCUUUCCCACCCACAGCCUUAGCACUGCACUGUGAUUCAUCAUUUACUUGAAUGUUUUGAGAGGAAGUGUGUUAUACUUAAACUUUUUUAAAUAAAUAAUUUGCCAGCAAGUAAACCAAUUAAUUUUUGUGGUAUUAAUUCAUUCUUUAACAACAAAUGUAGGACUACGCUAGGGAUGCACAUUUUUUACAAUACUAUUUAAGUUAUUCAUGAACAACAUGAAGAAGGAACCUGGACGGAGGAAAUAGAAGGAGGCAUAACUCAGAAAAAGGACUAGAAAAUAAAAACAAUAUUACAUGCAGACAACCAAGCAAUACUAGCAACAUCUGAAUUACAAAGGCCAACUCAUAAAUUAAAUAAACUCACAAAGGAAUAUAAAAUGAAAAUAUCAGUCAAAGACAAAGUCCAUGGGAUUAAAAGGCAAAGAAUAUAAAAGAACAAAAAUACUCAUAGAAAAUAAGACAACAGAACAAGUGUCAAUGUUCAUGUAUCAUCACACACAUAAGUGUCAACAUUCACAUAAGAUAUCAUUAAUAGAGGAAGAUAUGGAAUCAAAAUAGUACAACAAAAUAAAUGGAUGCAUCAAGAGACACUACCAAAAUAUGGACACUG